UCCCGACUUCCUUCUGAGAGCCUAAUAAAACCCGGGGAACUUCAAUCAUUCCGCAGCGAGCCUCGGCUCUCUCACUGGGCAUGCUCAGUGGCCAGGCCCCGCUCGGGUGGCGAGUGGUUGCCUUUGGGGUUGGGCUCGGGUCGGCGACCGCCUCGGCUAGGCUUCCCAGAGCGCGGGCGGGACACAGCGGCCCCUGAGCCGGAGCCGGAGGCGCCCCGCGGUCCCCUGCUGGGCGCAGGGCCCCGCGAGAGCCGCGUCGGGCCGGAACCCGGGAGCCCCCAACUUCGCGCCAAGUUCGGAGCCGCCUUCGGGGGAGGCCAUGCAAAUGAUGACUAGGGACGUUUUGCUAGAAAUGGAGCAGGAGGAGGAGGACGACGAGGAUGGGGAUAUCGGUGAUGAUCCUGCCUCCAAGAGGCCUUUUCUGACUCCUCCCACUCUCCUCCCAUCCAGUCAGGUGUUGGAAAACCUUGAAGAGACGAUUGUCUCCAAUUUUGGAGCAUUGGAAAAUCAGCCUGAUUUCCGAAGCCCGGAGUUUGCAGAAUUUAAUGGAAAACCUGACUCCCUCUUUUUUAACGAUGGCCAGAGAAGAAUUGACUUUGUUCUAGUGUAUGAAGAUGAAAGCAGAAAAGAGACCAAUAAAAAGGGUUCAAAUGAAAAACAAAGGAGAAGAAGGCGAGCAUAUGAGUCGAACCUCAUCUGUGAUGGUCUGCAGCUGGAAGCAACAAGAUCAGUUUUGGAUGACAAGCUUGUAUUUGUAAAAGUGCAUGCCCCGUGGGAGGUGUUAUGUACAUAUGCUGAGAUAAUGCACAUCAAAUUGCCUCUGAAACCCAAUGAUCUGAAAACCCGGUCCUCAGCCUUCGGUAAUUUCAACUGGUUUACCAAAGUCCUCCAAGUGGAUGAAAGUAUCAUCAAGCCAGAGCAAGAGUUUUUCACUGCCCCAUUUGAGAAGAACCGGAUGAAUGAUUUUUAUAUUCAUGACAGAGAUACCUUCUUCAAUCCAGCCACCAGAAGCCGCAUUGUUUACUUCAUCCUCUCUCGGGUCAAUUAUGAAGUGAAGGGCAACGUUAAAAAGUUUGGGAUUAACAGACUUGUAAACUCUGGGAUCUACAAAGCAGCUUUUCCUCUCCAUGAUUGCAACUUUGGCCGUCCAUCAGAGGAUCUCGGCUGCCCUAAUGAACGGUACCUUCUGUACAGGGAAUGGGCUCAUCCUCGAAGCAUAUACAAAAAGCAGCCGUUGGAUCUUAUCAGGAAAUAUUAUGGAGAGAAGAUUGGAAUCUAUUUUGCUUGGCUGGGUUAUUACACUCAGAUGCUUCUGCUGGCAGCAGUAGUUGGAGUGGCUUGCUUUCUCUAUGGACUUAUUCAUCAAAAUAACUGUACAUGGAGCAAUGAAAUUUGUUACGGUAUUGGCGCUGAGAUCAUAAUGUGUCCUCAAUGUGAUCGGCUUUGUCCGUUCUGGAGACUGAAUACUACUUGCGCAUCCUCAAAGAUAUUGUGCGUCUUUGACAGUUUUGGAACUCUAGUCUUUGCAGUAUUUAUGGGGGUAUGGGUUACCUUGUUUUUGGAGUUUUGGAAGCGGCGCCAGGCGGAGCUUGAGUAUGAAUGGGACACUGUUGAGUUACAGCAGGAAGAACAACCCCGUCCAGAAUAUGAGGCACGGUGUACUCAUGUGGUGAUCAAUGAGAUUACUCAGGAAGAAGAGCGUAUUCCCUAUACUGCCUGCGGAAAAUGUAUACGUAUAACCCUGUGUGCAAGUGCUGUCUUGUUCUGGAUCCUACUGAUCAUCGCUUCGGUUAUUGGGAUCAUUGUCUACAGGCUGUCAGUGAUGAUUGCAUUUUCUAGAAAACUUCCCAAUGCCUUUAAUGGAACAGACCCAAUCCAGAAGCUUCUGACUCCACAGACAGCCACGACCAUCACUGCUUCCAUCAUCAGCUUUAUCAUCAUCAUGAUUCUGAACAUGAUAUAUGAAAAAGUGGCAAUCAUGAUUACUAACUUUGAACUCCCAAGGACCCAAACCGAUUAUGAGAAUAGCCUAACCAUGAAGAUGUUCUUAUUCCAGUUUGUCAACUAUUACUCUUCGUGUUUCUACAUCGCAUUCUUUAAGGGCAAAUUUGUAGGUUAUCCAGGAGAUCCAGUUUAUUGGCUGGGAAAAUACAGAAAUGAAGAGUGUGAGCCAGGUGGCUGUCUCCUUGAAUUGACAACGCAGCUGACAAUAAUCAUGGGAGGAAAAGCAAUCUGGAAUAACAUACAAGAGGUGUUACUUCCCUGGGUCAUGAAUCUGAUUGGACGGUGUGGCACAGUCUCGGGCGCAGAAAAGAUAACCCCCCGAUGGGAACAGGACUACCAUCUGCAGCUCAUGGGCAAACUUGGGUUAUUUUAUGAAUAUCUUGAAAUGAUUAUUCAGUUUGGGUUCGUCACCUUAUUUGUGGCCUCUUUUCCACUGGCCCCUCUGUUGGCUCUGGUGAACAAUAUAUUGGAAAUAAGAGUGGACGCGUGGAAAAUGACUACCCAGUAUAGACGCAUGGUGCCAGAAAAAGCCCAAGACAUCGGAGCAUGGCAGCCCAUCAUGCAAGGAAUAGCAAUUCUGGCUGUGGUGACCAAUGCCAUGAUCAUUGCUUUCACAUCAGACAUGAUCCCCCGCCUGGUGUAUUACUGGUCCUUCUCCGUCCCUCCCUAUGGGGACCACGUGCACCACACCAUGGCGGGAUACAUCAACAAUACGCUCUCCGUCUUCAGCAUCUCGGACUUUAAAGACAAAAGCUAUGAAAAUUCAGACGCUGAGUUUGGUAACCUUACCACGUGCAGGUAUCGUGAUUUCCGGUACCCUCCUGGACACCCACAGCAGUAUAAACACAACAUCUACUACUGGCACGUGAUCGCAGCCAAGCUGGCUUUUAUCAUUGUCAUGGAGCAUUUCAUCUACUCUGUGAAAUUUUUCAUUUCAUAUGCAAUUCCAGACGUAUCGAAAAGCACGAAGAGCAAGAUCAAGAGAGAAAAAUACCUAACCCAAAAGCUUCUCCAUGAGAAUCACCUCAAAGAUAUGACAAAAAAUUGGGGGGUCAUAGCUGAGAGGAUGGUAGGAGUAAUAGAUAACAAUUUACGACCAAAAUUAGAAUAAGAGGUUUAUGUUCUGAGAAGCACUUUAAAGAAUAAAGAAUAUAGCUCUGUCAAAGUAUAUUAUGAAUCACUAAUGAGAAUGUUUAAGUCAAGUCAUUUUGGCAAAUAUGAGUCUUAACUAUUGCCAUUUUCAUGUAGAUUAUUUUUCAGUUUCAGCUACCGAUACAGGAACUGGAAAACGUAAAACUUUGAUCAAGAAGGGCAUAAAAUUAAUCACCUGGAAAAUCUAAAAUGUUACCUUUUUUUGAUAAAUUUGAAUUUCACUAACAAAAAAGUCUCUUAGUGUGUUUAAAAACCACCCCUUCUAAAACAGAAUGGAUUCUUUUUUCCCUCUGUUUGAUUACUUUCAUUUCCUUUCUGUUCUCAAGCACGUGAUCUCUUAUUGUCAGGCAGGGUUUCAUUUCUUCACUUGGCCAGAUCUGUUCCAGAGUUAUCUUUCCCUUACAGCACCAUCAUUAAAGACUAGACAUGCUAGCUUUGUGUGAUUAAAAAUAGUUAACUCAGAAUUCAGUUUGAGUGCUGUAUUAAGUGGCAAACAGACUCAAGAAUUCACAACAUUUAGGUGUAUUAUCACAUCCCUACAGAAAAGGAAACCUCAGUGAAUAAGAGGAAAUAGUUUCAGUCUUCAUUUUGGCCUAUCUUUCCAUCUCAGAGAAAUACUCUUAAUGAAUUGGAACGACGAUAGCAAGGUUCUGAGGUAUAUUUGUGCUAAUCCACAGUGACACCUUUUAUCUUCCAGGAGCUCUCCUGGAAUGUUUUGUGCCUAAUCAAUGUUGACUGCUUUGCAAAUCUCAAGGGAGUAGAUGACAAAAGCAGAGAAAGUUACAGAUUCAAAUAGAGUUGUAAUUCAUAUUGAUCAGGAUAAUUAAUUUACUUCUAAAGGUGUGUAGUUUCUUGAAAAAAAUGAAAUCAAGUGAUUAAAAUUACAUUUUUAUCAACGUAAUGGUCCGGAAAAGAUAAGCCCAUCAAUUUCCCACCAGUUGCCCUUUAUUCAUUAGAUACAAGAGGUCCAGUAUUACACAUCACAAGCACCAUUGUGAAUGGCUCACUACACAGCCAUUGUGACAUAUCGGUGCUGUGCAUGAUUAAGAGAAUGGCGAGUUGCCCUCAUUAUGAGCCACCCUGUGUCCCCUGUGUUGCCUUUUGGCAGGGAUUCUGCACAUCCAAGUGAUCAGCAUACCAAAGCAUCUGCCAUAGUGAAGGUAGCUCAUUGUAGCCCCCAUUCUCUUAUUCCCAGCCCGGUAACUUGUUUGUAAUUGCAUGUUUGCACCAGGAGAGCAUUUGCGGGGAGCAAGGGGGAGAAACAGGAGUAUGCCCAGAUUAUUCCCAAUCAAGACAAGAGACUCUGGAUUUGAUUUAGCUUCCAGCCUCCCCUAAGGCCAAUCAGGCCAUUAAGGGUAAGCAAAGAAAGUGGUUUGGUCACAAACCCUGCCAUUAGCUAGAGGUAACUUCCUCUAUCACUAUGUAUCUCUUGCCCUCGAUUUGUUCAGCUCAUCAGUCUUUCCUGCGCCUCACUGCCUUUUCGGGUGCCAGGCCCUCUGGUAGGCUCUGGAGAAGACACAGGGCCCACACCCUCACCCUUGACUGUAACAGGGCCUUGCUGGGUGCAGGAGAGGGUGUCUUGCACCAGGUUCUUGCUAGACGGGCCACCACCCACUAGGAUGCUGCUAAAUGCUCAGGUGCCCCAGGAGCCAAGCUGCUCAGAAUCCCAGCAGCAAAGGAAAAUGAAACAUGUUUCAGUGAGUAGAUUUAGAUGCUUGUUAUCGUAGAGUAGCUUAACUCCAGGUCACAAUUCUAAAUGCCUGCCAUGAAUGUUAAAAAACAAAAAACAGUAUUUAUGUAGGCUUCAUCAAAGCAGUAUUCUAGACUUUUGAAUUGUCCCAGUGGAUCAGGGACAACAUUUCACUAACUUGCUUGAUGAUGUUAACGAUAUGAUCAGAGAGUGCUCACGACAGGCACGUGAGGUCUGACUGCACGGGGAGUGAGAAAUUAAUUUCUUCCCAGUGGGGAGGCUGUUUCUCAUCGUGCACAGCCUGGAGGGCGGUGCACUGCUCCUUUCCCGUUCACCUCUGAUACUGCUCCUGGAAGUGGGGUCGCUUCCUCUCGUAUUACCUCUUCUCUUCUCUGAAGUGUAUGACUAUCUCCUAGUGUUGGAUUUCGCAAUUACUCACUGUUUAUGGACGCAUAGAAAAGGAAAUGUUUUUGCCUUAUCUCCUUGUAUAUAAAAUAGAACUUUCAAAGAAGUGUGCAUUUACGUUUUCAUACAUCAUCCUUCAUAAAUCGUCUUUAUAGUUUAAAAUGUGCUUCUGUGGACAGGAGGGAAAAAACCUCUACAUUUUUAACGGCAGCAAAUGUGAUGUAUGACACUGCCAAUAUUCCCAAACAGCUACAUUUUAGUGGGGGAUGCAGGGUCACCUGUGACACUGACAGUGUUAAUGUAAGUCUAGUGCUGACUUGUCGGUGCUAAAGAAAAAUGUGGGGCUGUGUCUGCAGGCAGUUGUGGGCUGGAUCUGUAAAUGUGAGCAGAGGCAGCACCCCUAGAAAAAGGAUGGGUGUGGCAGCGGACCUAUGAAGGGAAAAUCGGGCCCUAGACCUGCCCAGUGGUAACCACUAGAGACAUUUUAGUUUGUAUAUUCUUUUGUAAUGCCUGUGAAUUUUAAUGGGUUGAAGCAUUAGACCAAAAUACUCAGGGGAUUUUCCUAUAACAAU